AUGCUACGUAAAAUGAUUGAUGCUCAUGUUGGUUCAGUAUUAACUAGUAAACCGUUGAUACAUACACAUACUUAUUCACGUAAACCACAAAUUCGAAAUAGACAGGGUGGCUUUCUCUAUAAUGAUUCGAAUGAGAGUCUUGUUACAAUUCAUUAUAAUCCAAACACCGUCUUUACUGAAACAAAAAGUGAAUUGGAGAAUGCAGAAAAACAUUUUUUAAUUGAUGAUCAAAUUCUAUGGACGCCUUGUCCCUCUGAUCCUGGCAAAGGUGCACUUACUGUAACAACUGCAUCUGGCUUAAGUGUUAUAAAUGCUCAUGUACCAUACGAUAAUAAAGCAGCUUUUUCGCUACUCAAGAACAUCACAUGGUCUAAUAACAAUAACCCAUUUGUAUUCGUAGGUGACAUAAAUCGUAAUUCAUCAGCUUUUAUGAAAAUUCUUCACGAGAUUAUUGGUGAUAAAUCUUGCUCCAACUUACUAUUUCCUAUUACAACUGAUAAGCCUACUAGAGUUGGUCUUCGUCGAGAUGGUACUCGCGAAAAGAUAUGGAUCGACUUUUAUAUUGUUUCAGCAUCUUUAAAAAACUUAGCUAUACUUCCCGUAGAAGUUUACGAUAAUAUUGGUGAUAUUUCUGAUCAUUAUCCAAUCUUAGUUCAAUUUAAAGCUAUGUAA